AUGGGUGAAACCACUAUUGACGAUUGUAAAGGAGACGACGGGCCACAAAAUGUGCUGGACGCAUUCCAGGAGAACGACAAACUGCGUGUAUUGCAGCUGAUAGGCGAGCUGCAUGACAAAUCGGUCACGGAGGACGAUUUCGAACAUGCUUACCAGGAAUAUUCAGGGAUAUUUUCCAAGUACCAAGAGCAGCCCCACUUGCUGGACCGUAGUCUGGAGGAGAUAGUGAACAAAAUCAUUCCAUUCUUGCAAGAGCCUGAUACAGAGCUGCACACCAAACAUCGUGCUGCGAAAUAUCUCUAUCAACUAUGCAAAGUGCGCACGUUUAAGGCAUUCGUAAAGAAUCUCCCCCACGAGGUGCGGCAUUUGCCGUUCGUGCUGGGUUUGGUCGAGCAACAGAAUCUCGACGACUGGCAAAACUGGGAAACGCGCUAUAUGGGACUGCUGUGGCUAUCGCUACUGGUGCUCAAUCCGUUCGAUUUAAGCCGAUUGGAUACUUCGGAACAGGGAUCUCCCACUACGAUGGAACGUAUCUACGAGCUGUGCAAAGUCAACUGUCUAAAGGACGAUAGUUGUACGCCGGUGGCCGCGUUUCUGGUUGCCCGUUUCGUCAUACGAAACGAUGUAAAGAUGGUGUACUUGGAAAAGAUAUUCGACUGGGCAAUGUGCGUCAAUAAGGAUUACAGUGUUGAUGCUAACAUUGGUCCACUGACGGCUAUUGCAUCCAUACUAAAGCACGGAAAGCGUGAGGAUCUGCUUCCGUACGUGAAAAAGCUUAGCAAUUGGGUACUUCACCUGGAGUACGAAACGAUAUCGAAGGACUUCAAAAUCUACAAAACAUGCAUCAAAAUCUGCCAACGCAUUGGGCUCGUGCUGCUACCACCGAAAAUUGCCAAAUGGCGUUACCAGCGAGGUGCACGUUCGCUCUUAGCCAACGUUCAGAAAACGGUCACUCUGGCGUCCUUGAAAGAGGUACAGCAAAGUGAGUCGUUGCCCGAAUGUACGGAAGAGGAGGAUGAUGUCGACGACGAGGAAGUUCCGGGCGACAUUGAGGAAAUUGUUGAGCGAUUAUUGCUUGGGCUGAAAGGCAAUUCAACGAUUGUGCGCUGGUCAUCGGCAAAGGGUAUCGGUCGUAUCACGAAUCGGCUACCGAAGCUGUUGGGCGACGAAGUUGUGUCAUCGGUAAUCGAACUUCUAAAUCCACUCGAGCAGGAUGAUGCUUGGCACGGUGCCUGCCUGGCAUUGGCAGAACUGGCCAAACGUGGUCUACUACUUCCCUCGCGAUUAUCCGAAAUUGUGCCACUGCUGCUCCAAGCGCUGGUGUACGACGAAAUUCAAGGAUAUCGCAAUGUGGGACAAAACAUACGAGACGCAGCUUGCUACAUGAGCUGGGCUUUCGCCAGGGCGUAUCACCCGUCCGUGUUGCAACCGUUUGUGGAGCGCAUUGCUUCGGCCCUGCUAGUGACGGCCGUUUUCGACCGGGAAAUAAACUGUAGACGUGCGGCUUCUGCUGCAUUCCAGGAAAGCGUCGGCCGACUGGGCAAUUUUCCGCACGGUAUCGAUAUUCUUACGACGGCCGAUUUUUUCUCUGUCGCCGUGCGGAGUAAUGCAUUUUUGAACAUCAGCGAAUACAUCGCAAAGUUUGAUGAAUACAAAUACAACUUAAUAGAUCAUUUAAUUAGUCGCAAAAUCAAUCACUGGGAUACGAAUAUCCGCGAACUGUCAGCCCAAUCGCUCUGUAAUCUGACAAAGCACGCCCCACAAUACAUGCGAGAUUCGAUCGUGCCACAGCUAUUCCAGCUGGCUGAGUCGACGGAGCUCAACACGCGCCACGGUGCAGUGCUGGCCUUGGGAGAAGUAAUAAAUGCUUUGCAAACGCUUAGCUCGCAGCAAACUGGCGACGGGCAGGAGAGCUUUAUUAACAAUAAAAUCAGCGAACUGGCCGGUCAACUGAUUGGCAAAUAUCGGCAACGCGGACAAUUCAAGGGAAUGAGCGGAACGUACAUGAAGCACGGUUGUGCCAGUUUUAUUCGAAAUUGUAGUGAAGCCAAACUACCGAUCACGCAACGAGAAUAUUUAGAAUCUUGGCAACUGCUGCUGGACGAAAGCAUCGUCGACGAGAAGUCCACGACGCGGGAACAGGCCACGACAGCGUUUUCGAAAUUUUGUGAUACCUACUACAGGACGGAACCGGCGGAUCGUAUGGGUAGUCUGAUCGAUAACUACAUCCGGGAGAUGCGCGACACGCAGAUUGAACACAAAGCACAAGGAAUCGUUUCUGCGCUUGGUGCUUUGCCACUGUUUAUGCUCGAAUUGCGCUUGCAAGAAAUCGUAACGGUGAUCGACGUAAAAACGGUUGUUCCGGAAAUGUUUGCCGUUGGAUACAACCACUCGGAACUACGCCGUGAUUGCAUACGCGCGCUGAUGAACAUUGUCCAAACGGUUGGAUUCUCACAUUCGGACAAAUCGAACGAGAUUCUCUGUGGGUCCGCCUUCGGCUGCUAUCUGCGAGCGCUCGAAGAGUAUGCGCUGGAUAACCGGGGCGAUAUUGGUUCGUGGGUUCGAGAAGCCAGCAUUAAUGCUCUCUAUGCUUUCCUCACCAAAUGUCCGCCCGCAUUACUGUCCCCACAGCACGUGCAGGAUGCAAUGAUCGCUAUCGCGAAACAAUCGGUCGAACGAAUCGAUAAAAUCCGUGCUGUGGCGGGUAAAACGUUCACCUCGCUGAUCUACCACGAGCCACCGAUUCCGCACGUAGAGCACAGACAGGAACUGCAAAGUAUAUUCUCACGGGACACAACCGAGGUUCUGUGGUUGUUUCCGCACCACACAUUCCCGAUGUUCAUUCAGCUGCUUGGCAUACCGAUGUACGUGGAGCACGUGUCGGCAGGAUUGAUACUAAGCGUCGGUGCACCGACCGAAUCUCUUCACACGUGCGCGUCCAAAACGUUGAACGAUUAUCUGAAAACGCAUCAAGCAUUUAUUGAAACAUUCGGAGCAGUGGUGGUGAAAAUUCUGAAGGAAAAAACCGUUAAAGAUACCCUGUUUAUUACAUCCACAUUUCAAUUCCUCGCCGAGCUGCUGAAUUCGUCGGCGAACGCUAAAGUGUUGCUAGUUUCGGAAGACAGCUCAGUGGAUUUUGCCGAGCCUAUAUUUAAUUUGGUAAAUGGUUUGAUAACCCAAACCAAAAAGCACAUCGAUUCCAUUCCCGUCUAUUGUACCCUGAUGCUGUCACCGAAAAUAUGCAAACGAGUACUGAGCAAGCUGGUCGUGUAUUUGGGCAUGGUGUGCGUCAACAUUCGACGUGAAACCGCUCUCAAAAUGUACGAAACACUGCUAGUGUACGGCGAUCAAACAGCCAUACCGGAAGAAACACUCGACGAAGUGUUGGUGUGUCUCAGUGAAGAAAAAUGGGACGGCGAACUUGAAGAGGCACGUCUAAUACGCAACAAACUAUGCACACUGAUGGGCAUCAAACCGCCAGUAACAAAGGCGAAGAAAUAA